AGGGACGGAGGGCCUCCCCGUCUUGAACCCACAAAGAGCCGGAAAUCCCCAUGGACGCGGCUUCUUAUUGUUACUCUGAUGGGAUGCGGCUUGGUCGCUACAGGAUAUCGUUCUUCGCUAUUCUCCUCCCUUUUCAAUGACCGGGGAUUGCGUCUUCUCCCCGAAGAAGAUGCUAUUCGUGAUCCUCUGGCUGAAUUUGGAGCAUGUGCGAAACGUAACCUCCUGGAGACUGGGCUGCCUUUCCUAAAAGACGUUGCACCGAUCGAUGUCCCGGAAUUCGAGAAUAGGCGCGAUAGACUGGCCCAGGCGCUUGUUGCAGAGGAUGUGGACGCGUUUGUUGUGGAGCCGGGGUAUACCUUCAAGUACUACGCCAACGUGAGCCAGCCUGAAUGGGAGGUAUGGGAGAGCGAGUCAAGGCAAAUACCUCAUUCCUCUGCCCUUCUCUUCGAGGCCGAGCGAGCUCGGCUUCUUGGAAUGCCCUUUGUCGAUGAGAUCCAAAUUGUUCCUUGGGAAGAGCACUGGAACCCAUACGAGACCCUUCAGACAUCAGAUGUCUUUCACCAACUGGAUCGACGUCCCCGGCUGAUGGUGGAUGAGGAAAUGCGUGACUUCAUCCAAAGAGGCCUGGGGAAUGCAGGGUUCGAAAUAACAGGUCUCAAAGGCCGUGUGGAAGAAGUGCGACAAAUCAAGACUUCCAAAGAAGUCGCAAUUCUGCGAGCAGUCAACACAGGCACCGUGGAAGCAGUGCGCUUAUACCCGGGACUGACGGAGACUCAAAUUGCGAAUGCUUUGGAUGAUGCCCUGAGAGCGGCUGGUUUGGACCCGUUCUUUGAUAUUGUUCUGUUCGACGAAAAUGCAUCCAAUCCACACGGUGGAACGAACGGGUCGAAGGUUUUGGAAGCCGAGACGUUUGUGUUGAUAGACGUGGGGGCCCAUUUAUAUGGCUAUUCUUCCGAUAUCUGCCGGACCUUUUUCCCGCCAUUUUUUCCAGAGCCGGCGCAGGACCAAGGGACUCCAUCGCAUAUCGCAGAGAAGUUGAGAGUAUGGGACAUUGUAUUUGAGGCACAAACAAUGUCUAUACACCAAAUGAGGGAGAACUCGACUGCCGCCAUGGUAGACAUAGCUGCCCGAGAUGUAAUCUCCCAAGCUGGCUAUGGAGAAGCAUUUACACAUCGUGUCGGGCACGGAAUUGGAAUCAAAGCUCAUGAAAGUCCUUAUUUAAACAAGGGGAAUACCGGAGCUUGGCUUAAAACUGGCAUGACCUUCACUUCGGAGCCUGGGAUCUACCUAGUCGACAAAUUCGGAGUCAGGCAUGAAGAUGUCCUCCUCGUUGAUUCCGAUAACGAGCCCAUCCUUUUGACUGGCAGCCGAGCGGAAAGCCCUUGGAGGCCGUAA